AUGAGCCAGCAGUGUGCUCUUGCUGCAAAGAAGGCGAAUGUCGUGCCCCUCUCCCCCAGCGAUGAGGAGCCCACAGCCCUGCAGCAGAAAUUCACGGAGUGGCAGUGCGACUCGGCGGUGCCGCAAGGCAAAGGGCGAGGCUGGACGUGCUGCCCAAAGGGCUGGAAACGCUUUCAAAAAAGCUGCUAUUACAUGUCAGAUGAUAGGAUGCGCUGGGACAAGAGUGAGCAGAACUGCACUGGGAUGGGCUCCCACCUGGUGGUGAUCAACACCGAAGCAGAGCAGGCUUUCCUCACUAAAGAGCUCCCAGGUCCAUUAGGAAGAAAUUACUACAUCGGUCUGAGAGCACGGCAGGUGGGCCAGUGGCAGUGGGUGGACCAGACUCCAUUUAAUGCAACGGCAGCGUUCUGGCGGAAAGGGGAACCAAGUAAUGUGGCUGCUGAGAUGUGCGUUAUAAUCCAUACCAGUUCAGAAAUACACAACUGGAAUGAUAGCCGAUGCGAGGACCUUUAUCGAAUUUGUGAAGCUGCAGCAGUAACUGUGUGA